AUGACGCCAUACCAGUCACUUUACGGCAGAACCCCUCCUUCGGUUCUCUCGUACACACCGGGAACCACCAAGGUUCACUCAGUGGACAUUGCCUUGCGGAACCGAGAUGAUCUCCUUAAGCUUCUCCGCUCCAACAUGGCUAUGGCACAGAACAAAAUGAAGCAGCAGACUGAUCAACAUCGCACUGAGCGGACCUUUGAGGAAGGCGACUGGGUUUAUCUCAAGUUACAUCCAUACCGGCAAAAGUCACUCGUCAAACGGCCAUCUCACAAGCUUGCUCCCAGGUUCUAUGGCCCAUUUCAGAUUGUUUCUAAGAUAGGUACAGUCACCUACAAAUUGCGCCUUCCUCCACGCUCCAAGCUGCAUCCGAUUUUCCAUGUGUCACUGUUGAAGAAGAAACUUGGUGCCAACAUCCCUGUUCAAGUGACUCUACCCCCUACUGAUGACACUGGAUCCCUCCAAGGUCCUCGACAUGGCAGUGGUAAGGAAGAAAAAUCGCUCUAUGACACAAUGGCUGGUGUAGUGGGAGGGCCUUCUUGA